AUGUGGACGCCGCUGCGGUGUGGGCUGGUGCCUUCGGGGACCCUGCGCACUGUCGCCGGGCUGCGACUUGGGCCAGGGGGCGGGGCGGCGCGUGCGCACUCGGCCAGCGCGGCAAGUUGGAAAGAGGCAGCCAGGCGCCCCGGGCGGCGACAAGACGGAGAUACGGGCGCACUGGCUGGGGAAAUGGGCAUCGCGGCCGGGGACACGGAUACCGCGGUCCGCCUGGCCUGGCGGCUGCGGGCGGCCCUAGUCCAGGAGGAGCCGAGGGCCGUGGAGGCGCUGCUCACUUGCGGGGCGGACCCGAACCUGGUGCUGGAGGAUGGCGCUGCCCCCUUGCACCUGGCGGCCCGGGCGCGGGGCCGGCUGGGGCUGUGCUGCCUCGGGGCGCUGCUGCGGCGCGGCGGGGACCCCAAUGCCCGCUCGUCCGAGGCACUGACGCCGCUGCACGUGGCCGCCGCCUGGGGCUGUAGCCGCGGCCUGGAACUGCUGCUGCGCCACGGGGCGGAUCCUGCGCUACGAGACCAGGACGGGCUCCGGCCGCUGGACUUCGCAGAGCUGCAGGGGCACAGGGAGUGCGCGCGCAUCCUGCGGGGCCUGCGCUCGCCGGGCUGCCCAACAUCAGCAGUGACUGCGACGGGGACCCACGGAGACGUCCUCGCGUGCCCCGAGGUGAUCCUGCAGCCCACGCUCUGGCAAGUCCAGUCCGAGUGUGGGGACAUGGGUCUGGGCCCCAGCUCGGAGACCGUCAGUUCCACGGAGGCUGCGGUUGAAGACGGGGACUCUGGUUCUGUCCUCGGAGGUGGGGACUGCAGCUCAGAUGAAGCUUCCUUUGUCACCGUGGCAGAGGACCCAGCCCCAGAAAGAGACGCUGUUGGGGCAGGGUCAUUGUCUCAGGCCCAACUCCGACCCCUGGGGGCAGCCCUGAAACCCACAGGCUGCCUGGGGCUCUCGGGCCCAGAGGCCAAGCUCUGCGCCCGGCUAGGGGCCAUGGCUCUGUCUCCACCUCGGGCCACUUUCUUCCCACCCCUCGUGGACCCAGAUGCAGCCCACAGCCCCUCGCAGGAGCCCAGCCUCUGUCCCCUGGCCAAUGAGCAGCUGCCCUGUGGUGGUGACACAGCCACCCUUUGGCUGACAGAGGAUGAGGCCAGCACCGCGGAGGAAAGCAAACUUAUGCCCACCUGCAAGAUCCAGCCAGUCACCUCCACUCCAGUCCGGCCCACUGCAGGCCCCACCACUCCCAGCCUACAGCUGCUGUGCAGGUUCCCGGCUCUCCACUACUGUACUGCCUCUUCUUUCAGCUGCCAGCCACUGUGUGGCCUCCCACGGCUGGAAGAGGCCUGGGCUGGGCUGGACCCAGACUUUUCAGAGUACAGCCCGGAAUUGGCUGAGGCCCUGCGGACAGGCUGCAUCCCUGAAUCUCAGGCAGAUGAGGAUGCGCUGGCCCAGCAGUUCCAGCAGCCAAAUCCCUCAAAGAGGUGGCGGGAGGGUGUAACAAAGUCCAGCUUCACGUAUCUGCUGCUGGACCCCAGGGAGACUCAGGACCUGCCAGCCCGAGCCUCCUCACUGACCCCAGCCCAGUGUCUUCAGACCUUCGUCCGCGCCAUCUUCUAUGUGGGCAAAGGGACACGUUCCCGGCCGGAUGUCCACCUCUGGGAGGCAGUUGGUUACCGUGGGCGGCCAAGAAGACAGGCCUGCCCCAAGGUGCGCCACAUCCUGGACAUCUGGGAUAGUGGCCGUGGCGUGGUCUCCCUGCACUGCUUCCAGCAUGUGGUGGCCGUGGAGGCUUAUACACGGGAGGCUUGCCUCGUGGAUGCCCUGGGAAUCCAGACGCUAACCAACCAGAAACAAGGGCACUACUAUGGCAGUGUGGCGAGCUGGCCUGCAGCCCGGCGGCGGCGCUUGGGGGUGCACCUGCUAUACCGUGCGCUGCUCAUCUUCUUGGCCGAGGGUGAGCGGGAGCUUCGGCCUGAGGACAUCCAGGCACGAGGCUGA